GCACCAUCUUUUGAGCGUAUCAGUUCGGCAUUGCUCGUUAAACAGCGCGCGCGUUCCAAAUUUGAAUGAGUUCGCCAAUUUCGAAUUUUACGAAAUGCGUAAUUUUUCGAAACACACUCAGCAUACUGGUCGCGUUCCAGCCACGUUCCGUUUUCGGUGAAAAGUGUUCCAAAAUUGUGUUUCCAUUUGUUUCAACUGGUCCUCCUUGAUUUGAUUCGCACCAAAUAUGACGUGCACGCGAGAGGACUGCUACAAAUAUUAUCAUCGAGCAAGCCGUUACAUGCAUAGCGAUGAUGCAAAUUCUCUAAGGAUGGUUCCCAUCUUAUACCAAAAAUACGAGACGCCACAGCCACUUCAAGGGGCUGAAAGUCAUCAAUUUCCGGUUCACCAACAAAGUACUCCAGAAUGAGGUGGACGAGGCGGUCCUCAACAUCCAUCUGCAGGAACUGGAGCCCCGGCAGAACACGACGGUCGAUCCUGAGGAGUAUUUCACCGUGACAUUACAAGUUAACAGGGUCACAAGAAACAGCCAGGGGAACAAGGCCUCUGUACCAUAUACUGAUAACUCAGUGAAGAUGUCCAGAAGAGACCUGAGGAUUGGGAAGUGGCUGAAGAUAAAUGUGACGAACAUGGUCGCGGAAUUCUUCAGGCUGCCGAGGGAGAACCUAGCUAUAGUUGUGAGAGUACAAGACUCAAAGAAUAGGAUGAGUUUAGUUGUGCCACAUCCUAUUUCAGAAAUAAAUAAUGCUUUGAUGCCAUAUAUAGAAGUAAGUCUACGAGACAAUUCACACAAACGUACAAGGCGGACGAUCGGCAUGGAUUGCACGGAGAACACCAAGGAGGUCAGAUGUUGCCGGUAUCCCCUCGUCGUCAAUUUCGAAGAGUUCGGCUGGGACUGGAUCAUAGCUCCUAAACUAUACGACGCAAAUUACUGCAGCGGGGAAUGCCCGUUCAGUUUCCUCCAGAAGUUCCCCCACACUCAUAUAGUCCAUUUAGCGGCCCCUCAGGGCAGCGGCGGUCCCUGCUGUGCUCCAAGAAGAAUGAGCAGCAUCUCCAUGCUGUAUUUCGACCAUGACCUGAACAUCAUUUAUGGGACAAUACCCGGUAUGGUGGUGGAGAGCUGUGGCUGUUCAUAGCAAUGUCCGCUUACCAUAGAUCGGCUACGAGUGUACGUACUUGUAAGAAUUUAUUAGGUAUUUAUAGAAUUUUAUUAUUAAAUUCCUUAAGUCUAAUACUAUUUUAAUCCAAAUGAAAACCGGAUUGACUUUUGGAACUAGGUAUAUUUAUUUGACAAGAAUCCUCGACUACUUAUUUCGGGGACCUAAAGUCCUCCUUGAGUUGUCUCUUUGUAUAAAUCAUGCACUUGUAAUGCAUAUGUGCAAUAAGGCAUGUGAUUUUAGAGUUUUAUUGCCAAGAAAUAUUUGCGCUACGAUUUGUCUAUCCUCAGACUUAAAAGUCUGGGAAGAUGAGACAAAUACAAUAGGCAAUUUUGUCGUUCAUUCACGAAUGACCAUGGUGAUAUUUGGCCCACUUCCGUAUCAUAGUCGCCUAUAUAAAUUAAUAUAAAUAAUAGUCUGUCUACACUUAAAGUUAUCGUGCGUAAUCUUAUUUGCAUAUUUUAAACAAUUUUGGACUGAAUCUUCUUGGACAAAUUUUUACACGCUUAUCUACAUAACCACAUUUGCGUAAAUAUGCGCAAUAAAAAUCUCGACCGCUUGAAUGGGACCUCGGGCAGUAUAGUAAUACGCUUUUGGGUCUUCGAAUGGUCCUGAAAUUAAUUAUUCUUGACGAAAAAAUAGGAAUAGAGGUAUGUACGUAAUGUCAAACCGGUUUUCAUCUUGAAAUAUUCAUAAAAUGUGUUCAUCGUAUUUGUGAUUCAAAAUGUAAUUACAAUAAUUAAGUAUAUCAGUUAUUAAAUUACUCAAUCAGGUUUUAAACACAAUUGGUAUUUUUAAAAUUGAUAAACGCUCGUAGCCACCUUUAGUGUAGUCUAUCGCUAUGUUGUGAUAUAUUUGGUUGGAGACUGUGGACCUUUUGUGUUGUGUGCAGUGAGUGUUGACAUGUAAAUUUAUUUACAUUUGUACCUACAUCUAUUAGUAUAAAUUCAAUUUUAAAUAAGACGUCUGGUUCACAGCUGUAACUAUUUAAUCUUGAUAUUAUCUAACGAUAACAAAUCUAUAAAACAUUUUACUGGAUUAGAACAUUUAAACAAAAUAACUCUAAAACCCCUAUUAAAUUCGCUAGAGACCUUCAUUAUAAAGUGUAUAUUGUCACUACAAUUAAGAUUUCACUUGAAAGAAAGUGACGAAACAGGAAUAAUAUAGGUUAAUAGAAACUGAUAGAAGUUUGACCUUUUAUGAAGGGGUUUUUCAAAUAAGCUCUAACAGAUCGAGAUAUUUCUAUUAGGUUUUUUUUUUUUUCAAAAACAACCGAUUGUAAAAAUGAUCAAUCGAUGCAUUUAGAUUUUUACGUAGCAAUUUAUCUUAUUAGCUUAUUUAUUUGGAUGUUCUAAAAUAACUCGAUAUCGGUACGAUUAAUAGAAUACUUAUUAUUUU